AUGGAAAUGAGCACCGGGCAAGUUGUUGAAAGGAUGUCAGCAGACACAUUACUAGUUGAAGAUGCCAUUGGAGAAAAGGUCGGGAAGACCAUACAGCUCCUUUCUACUUGUGUUGGUGGCUUCGCUAUAGCAUUUGUAAGAGGAUGGUACCUGGCUCUUGUGAUGCUCUCAAGCAUUCCUCCGGUAGCUGUUGCCUUUGCAUGCGUGUCAAUAUUCAGGGCAAGGCUCUCUAGUCGCAUGCAAGCAAAAUAUGGUGAUGCUGCAAAAUGUUGUUGA